GCCAUUUUGUCAGCCAUUUCCUACACUGAUCCAUUGCCAGCGUCUCUGCACGGCACAGGACGCCCCGUCUGGCCUCCGCUUCAGCUGCCCGGGACUCGGUAAACAGCGGCGGACCCUGCACGCACGGUACCCGGGUGGAUGAGACACGGUGUCGCGGGUCGCUCGGCUCCCACUAGACCUCCGCAAGGCGCUCGGCCCCCGCAGGACAGAAGCGGUACAAGUCGCAGACAGACAUGGCUUUGAAGAUUGUCAAAGGGAGCAUCGAUCGGAUGUUCGAUAAAAACCUCCAGGAUUUAGUACGUGGCAUUCGGAACCACAAGGAGGACGAGGCCAAGUACAUCUCCACAUGCAUCGAUGAGAUCAAGCAGGAGCUCAAGCAGGACAACAUCGCUGUCAAAGCCAAUGCCGUGUGCAAGCUCACCUACCUUCAGAUGCUCGGCUAUGAUGUCAGCUGGGCCGCUUUCAACAUCGUUGAAGUCAUGAGCUCCUCCAAGUUUACAUACAAGAGGAUUGGCUACCUGGCGGCCUCACAGUGCUUUCACGAGAGCACAGAUGUCAUCAUGCUGACAACCAAUCAGAUCCGAAAGGAUCUCAGCAGUCCCAACCAGUACGACACUGGUGUUGCCCUCACCGGCCUCUCUUGUUUUGUGACCCCUGACCUGGCUCGGGACCUGGCCAAUGACAUCAUGACGCUGAUGUCCCACACUAAACCUUACAUCAGGAAGAAGGCCGUGUUGAUCAUGUAUAAGGUGUUUCUGAAGUACCCAGAGUCCCUGCGUCCCGCCUUCCCCCGGCUCAAGGAGAAGCUGGAGGACCCAGACCCAGGCGUCCAGUCAGCAGCAGUAAAUGUCAUCUGUGAGCUGGCCCGGAGGAAUCCCAAGAACUACCUGUCUCUGGCCCCGCUUUUCUUUAAACUCAUGACCUCCUCUACUAAUAACUGGGUUCUCAUUAAGAUCAUCAAGCUGUUUGGCGCGCUCACACCACUGGAGCCGCGGUUGGGGAAGAAGCUAAUUGAACCUCUGACAAACCUAAUCCACAGUACCUCUGCCAUGUCUCUGCUGUAUGAAUGUGUCAACACUGUAAUUGCAGUGUUGAUUUCCUUGUCUUCUGGGAUGCCUAACCACAGUGCUAGUAUCCAGCUCUGUGUGCAGAAACUGCGAAUCCUGAUAGAAGACUCGGACCAGAACUUGAAGUACCUGGGCCUGCUGGCCAUGUCAAAGAUCCUGAAGACCCACCCCAAGUCAGUGCAAUCUCACAAGGACCUCAUCCUCCAGUGUCUGGACGACAAGGACGAGUCCAUCCGCCUGAGAGCUCUGGACCUGCUCUACGGCAUGGUAUCAAAGAAGAACUUGAUGGAGAUUGUGAAGAAGCUGAUGCUGCAUGUAGACAAAGCAGAAGGAACCACCUACAGAGAUGAGCUGCUCACCAAGAUCAUCGACAUCUGCAGCCAGAGCAACUACCAGUACAUCACCAACUUUGAGUGGUACAUCAGUAUCCUGGUGGAGCUGACCCGAUUAGAGGGCACGCGGCACGGCCACCUCAUCGCCUCUCAGAUGCUGGACGUGGCUAUUCGGGUCAAAGCCAUCCGGGUCUUUGCUGUCGCCCAGAUGGCCACUCUGCUGGACAACGCCCACCUGUUGACAGGAAACAUGCAGCGAAAUGGCAUCUGUGAAGUGCUCUAUGCUGCAGCCUGGAUCUGCGGAGAGUUCUCAGAACACUUGGAGAACCCGAUGCAGACGUUGGAGGCCAUGCUGCGGCCCAAAGUGGCCACUCUGCCGGGCCACAUCCAGGCUGUGUACGUGCAGAACGCAGCCAAGCUGUUUGCCACCGUGCUGAAGGCUCAGGAGGGGAACACAGACAGCACAACUGCACAGGAAACCAGCCAGCUGAUGAUAGACAGGCUGCCGCUGUUUGUCCAGAGCGCCAACCUCGAAGUGCAGGAGAGGGCGUCCUGCAUCCUGCAGCUGGUCAAGUACAUCCAGAAACUGCAGCAGAAGGACGUAGAAGUAGCGGAAGAAGUCAACGCUCUGUUUGCUGGAGAGCUCAACCCUGUAGCCCCCAAGGCACAGAAGAAAGUGCCUGUUCCUGAAGGCCUGGACCUGGACGCUUGGAUCAAUGAGCCUCCAUCUGAAAGCGAGUCUGAGGAUGAGCAGCCCAAGGCUAUUUUUGCCAAGGAGGAGCCCAAACACUCCCGCACCCGUCACACAGAGGUGGACGAGAAGGAGCUGGCGAGGAGGAGAGAAGCCAGAAAACAGGAGCAAGCCAACAACCCGUUCUACAUCAAGGCCUCCCCAUCCUCGCAGAAGGUUUACCAGGAUGCUCCUGGAGUGGAGCACAUCCCCGUCGUGCAGAUUGACCUCAGUGUGCCUCUCAAAGUCCCAGGUCUGCCUAUGUCUGACCAGUACGUGAAGCUGGAGGAGGAGCGUCGGCAGAAGGAGAGAGCAGAGAAGAAGAAGAAGGAGAAGAAGAAGAGGAAAGAAAAGCGCAGCGGACGAGGGAAGAAACAUGAUUCGGGCCCAGAGAGCGAGGAGGACAUCACGCCUGCGCACCAGGUCGACAUUGUGACAGAGGAGAUGCCAGAGAAUGCCUUACCCAGUGAUGACGAUGACAAAGACCCCAAUGACCCACACAAAGCCCUGGACAUCGACCUGGACAACUUGAUGGAAUCGGCUGGGCGCAGGCCGCUCGCAGACAGCGAGAAGCUACCGGUCAGGUCACACCGUGCAGCAGAGGCUGCUAAAAGCCCGGUAGAAGACGGGGAGACGGAGAACGCCACCUCGCUGGAGCCCAAGAAGAAGAGCAGCAAAGAAAAGAGGGAGAAGAAGAAGGACAAAGACAGGGAUAGGAAGAAGAGCAAAGAAGAGAAGAAGAAGAAGAAACACAAACAUGAAGAAAAGGAGGAGGAUCUCCUCGGAGGUCAGGCGGAUGAGCCCGUGGUCCAAUCGGAAGAAGCCAGUGAGGUGGCAGCACCGCCCACCUCCACCAGCGCUGAGGUUUCGGACCUGGAUUUCUGGCUCUCAAACGCUCCAGUGCCCUCUAACACCCAGGAAGCAGCAACCGUAGCAGCAGCAGCAGCAUCAGAAGCGGCAGCAGCAGCAGAAGCAGCCCCCGAGCCCGAGGCACCCGCCGGCACAGCGCCAGACUCCGAGCCCGACGAGCCCAAAGACGCCGAGAUGGAGGAGACCAAAUCCUCCAAGCACAAGAAGAAGAAGCAGAAAAAGGAGAAGGAAGAGAAGGAGAAGAAAAAGAAGAAGAAGCACCAUCACCACCACCACCACGGCGACGGAGGAGGAGAGGAGUCGGUGCAGAACGGCACCGUCGAGGAGGAAGAGCCUCUGCCGCCCAUGUCCAAUUACUGCCUGCUGGCUGAGAACUCCUACAUCAAGAUGAUGAUGGAAGAUGCUGAUCAGGUUUACGACAUCCAGGGGAACCUGCAGGAUGGCAGUCAGGUGGUGGUGUCGGUUAUAUUUGAAAACAAGUGCGACAGCUUCCUCAAAUCCAUGGAGUUCAACGUCCUGGACUCUCUGAACUCCAAGCUGCAGAGGCCAGAAGGUUCAGGUCCUCACGACGGCCUCACCGUCCCCUUCCAGCUGCCUCCUGGAGUUUCCAACGAAGCGCGAUUCGUCUUCACUGUGCAGAGCAUCGUAAUGCCACAGAAACUGAAGGGAACCCUCACCUUCAUAGUCAAGAACGAAGACUCCUCCACUCACGAGAAACUGGACUUCAAACUGCACUUUACCUGCACCUCCUACCUAAUCACUACUCCGUGCUACAGCGAUGCGUUUGCGAAGCUGCUGGAGUCGGGCGACCUGAAGGGCAGCUCUGUCAGGCUGGAGGGAGUCAACAUGCCCUUCCACCACCUACUGGCCAGGAUCUGCUUCCACCACCACUUCUCUGUUGUGGAGCGGAUCGACUCCUGUGCCUCCAUGUACAGCAGGUCAAUCCAGGGUCACCACGUCUGUCUGCUGGUCAAAACUUCCGCUCAGACCGUCUCCAUUGACGCUAAAUGUGACGAGCCGACGCUGCUCGGGAAUGUGCUGGACGAGAUCAAGCAGACCUUCUCUCAGUGCUGAUUGUGUCUGACAGCCCCAGGGUGCCCCCCGACCCCUCCACGCCGCCCCCCGACCCCUCCCUCACCGAAACACGACAUAAUCAUGUUACCAAACACUGCGGCUGGCACGUCCAGUAUCGCCUAUUUAUUGGUCCUCAGAUUUGCAAGAUUUCUUUCCCUCCUGCUCCUCCUCCUCGUCCUCCUCUUCCUCCUUCCUCCUCCUCUUCCUCCUUCCUCCUCCUCCUCCUCCUCCUCUGUCGUUCCUCUGCACUCUGAGCUCUGUGGUCCCUCCUUCGUACUCGCUGUUGUUUUACAGACUCAUGGUGUAAACGCUCCGUCUCCUCUGCGCUGCGCUUUGAUUUUUACUUCCUGGUUUUUCGGACAGCCAAUCCGCUGCACUCUGACUCUGCCGCCGAGCUCCUGGUUCUGGACGCCCGGCGUCCUCUGCUCUGCCCUUUUUUUCCACCCUCCACUCUGUGACAGUCGUGUAAUGUGAUGUUGACAACUGGACUUUUUUCUCUCUUUUUUUCUUUUUUUUUGCUGUUUAUGGUUGAAUUGUAUUUUUACUGUUUUGAAGUUUUCUGUUUGUUUUUUUUCUGUUUGUCGUUUUGUCGCUUUUCUGUUUCUUGUCUGAAGCCCGUCUGCGCCUUCGUCUCACCCCUCCGGUCCGCUCACUAAACCUCGAGCUGCUCAUCUGUGUCGACCUGAAACAAAAACCCACAACACGUGACUGCGUGUUUUCUCAGACUAGCUGGAAGAACGGCCACUCUUUAACCUGCUCACCCGCCGCUGACCCGCUGCCUGGAGGAGACCAGACGCUGGGCGACAGCAGAGCGGACAUGAAACCAAAGCUACAUAUAAGGCGUGGGUUUUCCACUCGUAUCAGGGCUGCUGCCCCCACUGGCCUUCCUGGCAGAGGCUCAGAGCAGAUCUGCUGCUGUUAGCUUAACAGAAUCCUUGCGUGGCACGACGGCUGAUCUGUGCAGUAGUUCAGUGGGUUUGCUGUGAGCCUUCGUCCUGCCGUCUGACCUGCUCCAGCCCCUCAUACAUCUCAUAGAGCCCCACCUCCCCCCCUCCAGUGUAUCUGACCCAUCUGUGCUAAGCUGCAGGUUGACCUCCCCCCAGACUUUGAACAUAUCAUUCCUUUUGAUGGAAAGAGUUUGAAACGAUAGAGUGGAUGUACAGUGUCAUGUGAGGACGCCACCUUCAUUCAUCUCAUCCUCCGCUCACGGCUCGCUGUACAGAAGAUGUUCUGUUAUUGUUCUGACUAAGGAUCGUUUCCUCUGAAGCCACCGUGGUGCUGCAGGCGUCGCUCGUGUCAACAUACUGAUGUGGUUUAAGGAGAGCUGCCCAUCACUGCCCCGCGUCCUGUCUCCAUCCCACAACCAGCCGCUCUGCGUAUUCGGUUGCUGAAGCUGUUUUCUCUGUUAACUCGUCCCUCUGAGUCAGUAUUAGCCGGCGUCGCCUCGGCAGCAGCGAGCGGCUUCGUCCGUCUCCGUGUGAAACGUUUGCGCCUGAUGAUGAAAUCCCUUCGUGUUUCUUUCUCCUUCAGAAACUGCCUUUUUUUUGUUUGUGCAUUAACGUGGUAUGAGGAACACGCGUCGUCUUCUGAAGAACUCGGCCUCCUCGUAGAGCUCUCUCUGAGGUACUUGAUGUUUGAAUUUUUUGUGUUUCAAGUCACCGACCCCGUCCAGCGCAACCUAACCUUGUAGUAGCAAGAAGAGAACUGACUCGGUAGCGUCUCUGUUCAUAUAUAUACCGGUAAGGCCCCUUCACACCUGUCUGCUGUUGUAGAUAAACGAUGAUGAUGAUGAUGAUGUCUGUGACCUGGAGGUCGGGUCCGCCGCUCCACUAGAUCUUCAGUCCAGUAGUAGAGUCUGUGCACAGAGGUGAUCAGCUGUUUCUUCAGGAAUGUCAAUAGAAAAUAAACCUGUAUGUUACUCCUGCUCCUGAAAACGACUGAUAUCCCAGAAACGACUCCUUAAUCAUCCCGAUGAUUCUGAUCAUUCUGUGCAUAAUAUUAGAUUAAAAUUUGUAUAUUGCAUGAUUAGGAAUGUACACUUUUUAUUUCCCUUUUUUUUUCUCCUGUUCCACAAACAAAAACUCGUCAUUCCAUUUCUUUUUUUUUUUUUUUUUUAAAUGAAGUUUACUUGACCAUUCUCUAUUUUUGAUGGUAUUGUGUUUUUAUCUAUUCUCAGUUCAGACAAUUAAAAAAAGAAAAGAAAAGGAAAGCUAUCAUUGAAUGUUUUAAAUUAUUGAACACGCGGGAAGGACGGGGGGUUCUGUUCGGGGUUCUGUUCGGUGUCGCCGCGCCGACGGCUCGGGGCUCCCAACCAAAAGAAGCCGUGUACUGAGGGGCGACCCACUCUGUCUUAAUUCUCUGUUGGUUCGGUUGUAGUGAGUUAUUUUACCAAGUUUGGCUUGUGACAUUGACAAAUAUACUCUCAUAUGACGGAUUUCUAAUGGUCAUGUCUUUUUAUUUCUCCAUCUUCAACUAUCCAGCUGUACAAUGUCAUGUUUUAAAAAGGGGACAGCAUAAAUUAUCUACAUUCCCUUUACAGAAAGUCCACCUAAAUUAAAAGAAUAAAGGCUGUGACAAGCUG